AUGAAUAGAGUAAAGUUAAUUUUAGUGUUUUUCGCUUUCUUAGGCUUGAGCUAUCAAAGCUUCAAUAAACCAGUUAUUGGUUUAUUCAUGCAAACAUCUUCUGACCCUAAUUUCCCUGCAGAUUAGUUUACCUGGGUUGAUGCUUGCGAUGUGUAACACUGGUAGAGUGAAGGAGCUUAAAUUGUCCCCAUUUAUUCUAGUUACAGCUAUGAAGAAAUUGAUUAUCUUUUAGAAAGAGUUAAUGGAGUUCAUUUCCCUGGAGGUGGUGCUGAUUUGUGGUUGAAUGUUGCAAACAAAACUGGAUUCACUGACAUGACUUUAAAAGCUUAGCACAUUUUGAAUAGAACUUUAGAAUGGAACAGCUAAGGAAGAUUCUUCCCUCUUUAGGGAACAUGCUUAGGAUUAGAACUAAUCACUUUAGCUUAUUCAAAUUAUUCUUAAGUUCUAUCAGAUUAUAACGAUGACAAUAUUUGCAGACCCGUAGAGUUUCUUAGUUAUGGAAAAAUGUACUAAAACAUGUCAAGCUUUUUAAAGUCUUUCAUUAGUAAUGGCUAAGCUCUAUAUGUCUAUCAUCAUUGGGGUUUAUCUCCUAAGAAUUUCGAUAAAUUUAUGAGCAAAGAAUUCAUUCUUACCACAUAAAUGCGUGACUUUGAUGAUAAUAUCUAUGUUGGAUCUUAUGAACACAAGUAAUAUCCAAUUUAUGCUAUUCAAUUCCAUCCUGAAAUUGAAAGAUUUAACUUGCUUGAUGGAGUAAAUGCUACUCAUAGCCCUUUAUAAAUAGAAACAUCGAAGUAUUUUGCUAAUUUCUUUGUAAAUUAAGUAAGAUUGAAUAAUCACACUUUUGAAGACUAAGAAUUAUUAGAAAGAAUUGCAAUAUACAACUUCAGUCCAGUUCAUAUCAACGGUUCAUUUAGUCAAUAAGAAUAUUUCUUUAACAACAACGAUACCCAACACCGUAUUUCAUUAAAUAAAACUUCUUAAUACUGA